AUGGCCCCUCCUAAGGUCUUCUCGCUCGAUGGCAAAAGCCUGAAGCUUGACACUGCUGAAGACAUUGAGGCACACAUCAAGCCUCUUGUUGAGAGCACCGAUUACACCGAGAUUCGCCUAGGCGGUAACACCCUCGGUGUCGAAGAGCCUCGAACACGCCGAUCUUGCCGAUAUCUUCACCUCGCGACUCCUGUCCGAGAUCCCCCCCCGGCCCUGAAGUCCCUCCUUGAUGCCCUCCUUGAGAUUCCGUCCGUACACACCGUCAACCUAUCCGACAAUGCCUUCGGUCUCAACACUCAGGCCCCCCUCGUCGAUUUCCUGUCCCGCCACACCCCACUUCGCCACCUGAUCCUGAACAACAACGGUCUCGGUCCCGCCGCCGGUACCUUGGUCGCCGAUGCCCUGAGCAAGCUCGCUGAGCGCAAGGAGGAGGCUCGCAAGGAGGGCAAGGUGGUUGCCCAGCUGGAGAGCAUCGUCUGCGGACGUAACCGUCUCGAGAACGGCAGUAUGGAGGCCUGGGCUCGCGCCUAUGAGAAGCACGCUACUGGCAUGAAGUCCGUCAAGAUGACUCAGAACGGUAUUCGCCAGGAGGGUAUCUCGCAGCUACUUCAGAACGGUCUCCGUCACGCCAGCGCCCUGGAGGUCCUGGACCUGCAGGAUAACACCUUUACCGUCAUGGGUUCGACCGCUCUGGCUGAUGUUUUGGCUGGCUGGCCUUCCCUGCGCGAGCUGGGCGUUGGUGACUGCCUGCUCUCUGCCCGUGGUGGUGUCAAGGUUGCUAAGGCUUUGGCUGCCAACAAGAACCAAAACAUUCAGAUCCUUCGCCUGCAGUACAAUGAGGUCAAGGCCGACUUUGUGAAGGAGCUUGCUUUUGCUGCCAAGACUGCACUCCCGAGUCUGCGUCGCGUUGAGCUGAAUGGAAAUAUCUUCUCUGAGGAUGAUGAGAACAUCACCGUCAUUCGCGAACUCCUGGAGGCCCGUCAGGAGGAGCACGGUACCGAUGAGGACGAUGAGGAUAGCUGGGGUGUUGAUGAGCUUGAUGAGCUUGAAGAGGAGGAGUCUGAUGAGGAGAGCGACAACGGCGAGGAGGAGGAGGAGGAGGAGGAGGAGGAGGAGGAGGAGAAGCCCAAGACCGAGAAGGACAUCAAGGAUGCUGAGCGUGCUGAGGCAAACGCCCAGAAGAUUGAGAAGGCUGUCGAUGAUCUCGCCGAUGCCCUGGGCAAGACUGGCCUGUAG